AUGGACUUGCAAGACCUGUUUCUGCGAAUAAACCUCGCCCAGGGGAAGCAGGUCCCGCCAGGCGCCGCCGGCGGCCCCUUGCUGGAGUCGACCAACUACAACUUCAUGCGGGCGACGACGCUGCUGCUCCAGAAGAAGGUCGACUACAAGCGCAAACGCACCGAGCCCAAGACCGUGCCGCUGGCGGCCACCCCGCGGGCUCGCCUGCCGUCCCAGCCCCGCCACCCGCUCCGGCUUCUCGCCGAGCCGAGGGCGGCCAAAGAUACCAAUAAUGCCCCCAAAACUCAGCUCCACCAGCCGGUAUCCCCCAGAAAACUCACUAAGAGCCGGUCGAUACCCGCUAUGGGCCACGCCGCUGUGGCAUUCGCCUCCCAGGACGUGUUCUCACGCUUAUACCCAGGCCCUCCGCUGAGAACAAGACCCAUGCCUCAACAGGCCCGUCCUCCGGUAACUCCUCCGGCGAGUCGCCCCACUCGAAUUCCCUCGGGUCCGUCGCAGAAAGUCAGUGAUCUCACUCGAGUAUUCGCCAAGUUCGACCGUGACGUCAUCGAUACCUCCCAUGAAGCGACGCUAGAGAUGAAAACUCCUCUAAAACCGCACGAGGCUAACGUCGAUAGCCACCAGCUAACCAUCUACGAGAGGGGGGAGCUCUUACGGUGCAAACUGAUCUACUAUAUACCCACUGCCCGCCACGGUGCCCCCGUGAGGGAUAACACUGAGAGUUUGAACUACGGGUUUGACGACAUUGGCGGCAACUACAUCAUCAGGCCCGGCGACCACAUCGACUACCGCUACGAGAUAUGCCUGACCCUCGGCACGGGGCUGUUUGGCACCGUAGUGAUGGCUCGCGACCAUAAGAUCACCGCUCCUCCUCGGUACGUGGCGAUCAAGAUCAUCAAAAAUGAUCUCCAAUGGCUGCUUCAGCUGGUGAGGGAGAUCAAAACCUUGAAACAGCUCGGCAGCCACGACCUGCCUCUGGACCACAUCUUGGCCUACAUCGACCACUUCAACUUCCGCUCCCACAUGUGCAUUGUCACCGAGUUGCUCCUGGUGAACUUAUACCUGCUUCUCGAGAUGAUUGAGUUCCGAGGGCUUGCGCUCCCGCUUAUCCGCGACCUCGCCCACCAGCUCAUUCUGGGGGUGCAAUUUAUCCACAAGAAUCUGAUCAUCCACUGCGAUAUCAAGCCCGAAAACAUCAUGCUCCGUCUUGGUUCUGAAGGCAGUGACUUCACCGUGAAACUCAUUGAUUUCGGCACGCUGUGUCCGCGCGACGAGAUCUCGUUCACCUACAUCCAGCUGAGGUACUACCGGGCGCCGGAGGUGAUCUUGGGCGCCACCUACGGGCCCGCGAUCGACAUGUGGAGCAUUGGCUGUGUAUUGGCAGAGAUGUAUACAGGGUACCCGUUGCUUGCGGGCAAAAGCGAGGUCGAGCAGUGUGGGCUCAUCUUGGAGCUUUUAGGCCCGCCCCGCCCCGGCACCAUCAUCGGGUACCGGCGGCUGCUUCAGCGGCUGGUGCAGAAGCUGGCGUUUAACCCCGAACAGCUGUUUUCCCAGGCAGGGUUGGUCAAUGACCGCCAGCUUAAACGCACGCUUUUAUUUAAGAUAUUUGACGGCCAGGGCCGGUUGAACCAAGGGAUCUUUGCUCAGUACUUGGCGAACGCACCGGCGACUAAGCGCCAUUUCAAACCGCACGCUCGGCCAGUGGCAGCGCUGGUGCAAUUGCCACCAACGCACCCGUUUGUGCUGCUUUUGGCCCGCAUGUUGACGUGGGAGGCGGCGGAACGAGCCACCCCCGACGAGCUUUUGACCCACGCUUUCUUCCAGCAAUAG